GGGGAAAGCGGAAACGGCGGCCGCGCGGACAGGAGCAGCAUGGAGGUAGAAGCGGCCAGCUUCGCGCACUUCGGGCUGGACGCGCGGCUCCUGCAGGCGACGGCGGAGCUCGGCUGGGCGAAGCCGACGCUGAUCCAGGAGAAGGCCAUCCCGCUGGCCCUGGAGGGAAAAGACCUGCUGGCGCGGGCCAAGACGGGCUCCGGCAAGACGGGCGCCUACGCCCUGCCUCUCCUCCAGCACCUGCUCCGGGGGAAAGCGUCAGUGCUGGUGGCAGAGCAGGCUGUUCGGGGACUCAUCCUGGUCCCCACCAAGGAGCUGGGCCAACAGGUGCUGCAGAUGCUCCGACAGCUGACCUCCUACUGCGCCCGAGACCUGCACCUCGUUGACAUCUCUGGCCAGGCGGACUUGGCGGCUCAGAGGCCCAUCUUGAUGGAGAAGCCAGAUGUGGUGGUGGGGACGCCAUCGCGGGUCCUGGCUCACUUGAGGGCUGGCAGCCUGAGCCUGCAGGAUUCCUUGGAAAUCCUGGUGUUGGAUGAAGCUGACCUCCUUUUCUCCUUUGGCUUUGAGGAAGAUUUGAAAACUCUGUUGUGCCACUUGCCCAAGAUCUACCAGACUUUCCUCAUGUCAGCUACCUUCAAUGAGGAUGUCAAGGCCCUGAAGGAGCUGGUGCUCCACAACCCUGUGACCCUGAAGCUGCAGGAAUCGCAGCUGCCAGACAGCUCCAAGCUGAGCCAAUUCCAGAUCCGGUGCGAGACGGAGGACGACAAGUUCCUGCUGCUUUAUGCACUACUGAAGCUUUCGCUGGUGAAGGGCAAAGUCAUCCUCUUUGUCAGCACCAUCGGCCGCUGCUACCGCCUCAAGCUCUUCCUGGAGCAGUUCAGCAUCCCAGCCUGUGUCCUGAACUCCGAGCUGCCUGUUCAAUCCAGGUGCCACAUCAUCAGCCAGUUCAAUCGGGGCUUCUGUGAUUACAUCAUCGCCACCGACGAACAGGACCUGGCAGAGAAAGAGGGACCGACAAGAGGGAAGAGGAAGAGGAAGGGCAACAAAGCAGGAAAGGGCAAAGACCAGGAAUAUGGAGUAUCGCGUGGGAUCGACUUCCAGAACGUCUCUGCUGUCCUGAACUUUGACUUCCCUCCCUCGGUAGAGUCCUACAUUCACCGUGCAGGCAGGACUGCCCGUGCGGACAACCCGGGCACUGCCCUGACCUUUGUGCUGCCCUCCGAGAAGGCUGUGCUGGCUGAGAUCGAGGCGGCUCUCACAGGAGGAGGCAGCGACGAAACUCCCUUGCGGCCCUACCUGUUCCGGAUGGAGGAGAUUGAGGGCCUCCGGUACCGUUGUCAGGACGCCAUGCGGUCCGUCACCAAGCAGGCCAUCAAGGAAGCUCGCCUCCGGGAGAUCAAGGAGGAGCUGCUCAACUCUGAGAAGCUGAAGACAUACUUUGAGGACAAUCCCCGGGACCUGGACCUCCUGCGCCACGACAAGCCUCUUCACCCAGCCGUUGUCAAGCCCCACUUGCGAAACGUACCAGCGUACCUGGUGCCUCCCACCCUCCGGGCUGUGGCGCAGCCCCUGGGCAGCAAGCGCAGACGACGGAAGCCGCCACCACCCAGAACCAGGGGCCAGCGGAAUCCCCUGCGGAGCUUCAAGUGCACGAAGCAGAGAUCGGGAGCUCCAGCCAAGCACCGGACAGCAGCUGGAACGCCUGGAUCCUGACUGCCGCUUAUAGCUGAACUGUGUCGGGGAGGAGGCUGGCGCUGGGCCCCCGUUUUGGGGCCCAGGAUAUUUGAUGUAAAUAAAGGACAGCUGUUUGUGCUCGGCCA